AUGGCAAAUUUAUAUUAUAUUCCAGGUUACAAAUUACUUUUAUCCAAAAUAUCCGAAAAGAAGACUGAUUUGGAACUAUUAUCGCAACCAUUUUACACGGUCUCAGAAAUUCCCAAAUUCCUCUCAAAUCGCAUCUCACAAACUGAUACAACAGAUGUAAAACAACAUAAUAUUUAUAUAGAAGAACAUAAUACUGAUUUAGAAGAUAAUUCUGUUGUGGAAGAAGAUAUUAAUUUAUAUAACAAUUAUAAAACGAUAAAUAUAAUUUUACAAUUUGGAGAUACAAAAAGUCUGGAAAAUAUUAAUUGUUUAAAUGAAUACUAUAAGGAUUAUAUAAUACUAUUGGCUGGAGAUCCAACAGGAUGCGUACACAUCCUAAUAAGUAAACAAUUAUUACUCAAAAAUAAUUUAAUACAAAACAAAUACAAUGGAAAAAUUAACAGUGAUUUAAAAUUAUCACAGGGCAAACCAUUUGAAAAAGACGAGGAAGGACAUUUGGAGGAGGAAUUAACUCCAAAAUCAGAAAAAGUGUGUGAGGUAGAUGAAAUGGAAUCUUCUUCUAAUAGUGAAAAGGCUGAGAUAAAAAAUAAUUUAUUACUAUCAGAACGAGUCUACAGUCUACUGAACGUUGGAAUUGUAAUAGUGUAUAAUAAAAUCUAUUUACAAGCCCUGGAAGAUACUAAAUUUAUAUGUUGUACGAAAUGUGAGAAUGGAAUCCCAGAAGUUACACCUAAUUUUAUCAACUAUAGUAAUAAUAUAACAAAAUUAUUAAAUUGUGACAUGAAGCAAUGUUAGAGAAUAAUUUUUACAAGUUAAGUUACACUGAUUCUCAUACCACACAUUGCAACUUUAUAGCACAUACAGGAAUCUUAUGGCACAUAUUGGAAUCUAACUUUAAAUUGUAUUUAAAACGAUUUUUAACUUCCCAAAAUUGGUAUUUAAAUUUUAAUAUUUAACCAUUUAACAUGA